AUACACCUCUUUUUUCUGACUCAUCCUUUACUUUUCAUAUUUAUCUCAUUCUCUCUCUUUCUCAUCCAUUGCUUCCGAUUCUUCCACUUCCAACAACAACAACAACAACUGUAAUCGCUGUGCUUUCACGCUUAUUCUUUUUCGAUUCCACCGAGGAAAAACUAGUAGUAACAAUUUUGUUCAUUCUAACAGCAUGUUUCAUAAUUUUACGGUUGUUGUUAUGGACAUUUUGGGAAAUGUUUUUGGUUUCAUAGCUCCGUUGUGGAUUGCGGUUAUCUUUGGGGUUGUUGUUGGUUGGGCUUGGAAACCUAAAUGGGCUAUUGAACCGAAUAGUUAUGAUUGGAAUGGUUUGUUCAAGUUUCGGGUUCCUUGGGGUAGUGAUUCGGAGCUUCAGAAUCAACCCGGGUUUUCCGAUAGUUCUGGUGGCUCUUCGGAAAGUGAAAAGGGGUUGAGGUGUUUAGUGACGGAAGGUGAUUUGCAGAAUUUGUGUAAGUUGGUUGAGGAGAAAGAUGGUGGACCUGCUUGGAUUCAGAUGAUGGAUCGUUCUACUCCAACCAUGAGUUAUCAAGCUUGGCGGAGGGACCCAGAGAGUGGACCGCCACAGUAUCGCAGUAGAACGACGUUUGAAGAUGCGACUCCUGAAAUGGUUAGGGAUUUUUUUUGGGAUGAUGAGUAUCGGCUGAGGUGGGACGAUAUGCUUAUACAUGCUUCAACUAUUCAAGAGUGUGAGGUCACUGGUACAAUGAUUGUGCAGUGGGUGCGCAAGUUUCCCUUCUUUUGCAGUGAUAGAGAAUAUAUCAUAGGUCGUCGAAUUUGGAAUGCAGAGCGGAAUUACUACUGUGUCACUAAGGGAGUGCCUUGUUCCUCUGUGCCAAGGCAGAGCAAACCUAAACGAGUAGACCUUUAUUAUUCAAGCUAUUGUAUUCGUGCAGUUAAAUCAAGAAAAGAUGACCAGCGGGCUUCAUGUGAAAUUUUAUUGUUUCACCAUGAAGAUAUGGGCAUACCCUGGGAAAUUGCUAAACUUGGAGUUCGUCAGGGUAUGUGGGGAGCUGUCCAGAAGUUUGAUCCCGGACUACGUGCAUAUAAAAAAGAAAGGGAUUCCGGUGCUCCGUUGUCCCGAAGUGCUAAAAACGCAAAAGUCCACACCAAAGUAACUACCGACUAUGUGAGAUCUUUGGAAGACUCAACCAGUAAUUUGUUGGAGAUUGAAAAUCAUGAUUCUUCUGACAAACCAACGGGGAGAAACAUACCUAAGCUUCUAGUUGUUGGCGGAGCCAUUGCUCUUGCCUGCACUCUUGAUCAAGGGCUAGUGACUAAGGCAGUUAUAUUCGGAAUAGCUAGAAGAUUUGGAAAAUUCGGAAGGAGGUUGUGACAUGUGAGACACUUUAUAUGUUUUUUUGUCGAGAAAAUACUGGCCAUGUAAUUUGUGGCAAUAGAGUUAGAAAUUGAAAUGUGACUUUCUUGCCUUAAAUAACUGUUAUCUCUGUAUCUAGUUGGCAGCCAUGGUUCAUGAGAAAUGAUAUAAUUCUUUUCUCUAUUUGUUUGAAGAUACAAUGCAGCUUUUAAGUGGAAAUUUGGACAUUGUAUAUUAGCCAUUGAAGACCCUUGUGCUGCAUGAAUAAUAUUCAGGUUUUUCUUGAUUCAGAA